GCCACCACCGUGGUCAGAUGCCCACCCAGACCCUCCCCUAGACUUUGUGCUGGUGCGCCCAGAGUUCGCACCUUAAGGGGGGGGUUAUGUCACGUUCCUGACCUGUUUUCUCUUGUUUUAUAUGUCUUUAUUGGUCAGGGCGUGAGUGUUGGGUGGGCAGUCUAUGUGCCAGGGGGAAAAGGUUUGUGCAAGACUGGGCAAAUGUCUGCAUACUUGAUCUGCGGAAACACCGGGGAAGUGCUUGGGCUCUUGUUUGUCCGGCUCAGUAAAGCUUACAACAUAAAUUGUCCACAACAGUGAAAUGGGCUACUUCUAUAUUAAUUAAUGAGGAGGUGGAACACACCUCAAUUCAAACUAUUGUUAGAAAAUAUAACUUGUUAGAAAAUUAUUUUGGAACAUAGCCAAGCCUAUAUAUAAUUAACAGGCAGCGUGUCUUGGUUUGAGGGCAGUGCUGGUUAACUGUCCUAUGGAGUUAUAAGCACAUUUUGUUGCAAUGAUUGCAUUCUGACAUCAUGUGAAUAAAAAAAAACUCAUGCUGGGGAGACUGUUAGAGAUAUGUGGAACUCAUGCUUGAAAACUUGAUUAUAUACACGAAUGAUUUGGCAAAAACACCACAACAAUUAAUUAACUGCCCCUGUUCUCACUCUUAACGACACAGAAAUACAUUUCUCCUGUAAGCAGAUGACCUGGUGCUCCUGUCCCUCAUAAAUUAUCUGCAACAGUUCUGUCAGACCUGGGCCCUGAAAGUCAAUCUCAAAAAAUCCAAAAUUAUGAUAUUCCAGAAAAGAUCCGGAAAAGCUGACCACGACUCCAUUUUGUUGCUUCCGGCCUACAAACAGAAACUAAAACAACAAGCUCCCUCGCUCAGGUCUGUUCAACGCUGGUCCGACCAAUCUGAUUCCACGCGUCAAGACUGCUUCGAUCACGUGGAUUGGGAUAUGUUCCGCAUUGCGUCCAACAACAAUAUUGACGAAUACGCUGAUUCGGUGAGCGAGUUCAUUAGAAAGUGCAUUGACGAUGUCGUACCCACAGCAACGAUUAAAACAUUCCCAAACCAGAAACCGUGGAUUGAUGGCAGCAUUCGUGUGAAAAUGAAAGCGCGAACCACUGCUUUUAACCAGGGCAAGGUGACCGAAAACAUGACCGAAUACAAACAGUGUAGCUAUUCUCUCCGCAAGGCAAUCAAACAAGCUAAGUCCCAGUAUAGAGACAAAGUAGAGUCGCAAUUCAACAGCUCAGAUACAAGAGGUAUGUGGCAGGGUCUACAGUCAAUCACGGAUUACAAAAAGAAAACCAGCCCCGUCGCGGACCAGGAUGUCUUGCUCCCAGACAGGCUAAAUCACUUUUUUGCUCGCUUUGAGUACAAUACAGUGCCACUGACACGGCCCGCUACCAAAACCUGCGGGCUCUCCUUCACUGCAGCCGAGGUGAGUAAAACAUUUAAACGUGUUAACCCUCGCAAGGCUGCAGGCCCAGACGGCAUUCCCAGCCGCGUCCUCAGAGCAUGCAAAGACCAGCUGGCUGGUGUGUUUAAGCUAUGCCACUUUAUGUUUACAUACCCUACAUUACUCAUCUCAUAUGUAUAUACUGUACUCUAUACCAUCUACUGCAUCUUGCCUAUGCCGUUCUGUACCAUCACUCAUUCAUAUAUCUUUAUGUACAUAUUCUUUAUCCCUUUACACUUGUGUGUAUAAGGUAGUAGUUGUGGAAUUGUUAGGUUAGAUUACUUGUUGGUUAUUACUGCAAUGUCGGAACUAGAAGCACAAGCAUUUCGCUACACUCGCAUUAACAUCUGCUAACCAUGUGUAUGUGACACAUAAAAUUUGAUUUGAUUUGAAAAGAUCCAGAUGUCAGAGAAACCGAUAUACAUUUUAACUGAGCUCCACUCACAUAGAACACACACACACACACCACAGUAUUUGAGACAAUAAAUCGGCUCCACAGGGAAGUUCAACCUGGCUGUGAAUGAACUGAAAGACAAAGCAAGGAGGGCUUUCUUUUUUAUAACAAACAUACAUUCAAACAACAAUGUACAGCAACAAUGACUACAUAUCAUCUGCUCAGACUCGCAUGCUCACACCCCCAUCUCUAGUGCCUGCAUUAUUGUUUUCCACUUGGCCUUAAAUUGUACCAAUUAGUUUUUCCCAUGCUAUUUCAAUAUUUCAAUAAUAUAAAUAAUUCGAUUUUUCCAUUGAGUCAAUGAUGGCAGAUUGAUUGACUUCCAAGUUUUUUCAAGAUGAGUGAUGAUAAAAUAAUCAUCCAGCCCAUUGAGUAUAUCACUACACCCCCGUAUGCCAUGUCUUGAAAUAUGCAGACAGACGGAUUCAAAGUAAGUUCACAUUGUAAUACUUCUGACAGCCAACAUUCUAGCUCUGCCCACAUCUUCCGGACUUCAUAGCAUUCCCAGAUAACAUGGAUUAUUGAGUCACUAUUUGUUUUACACUUGAGACAUGACUCUGCCGUUGUGCUGUAGAAUUUGUGAAUUUUGUCUAUUGUAUAAUACAUUCUAUACAUUAAUUUAUACGGCAUUAAGCAUGCAUUUUCAUUAACUGUAAUUCCAUUAGUUAUGCUCCCUCCAUCUUGUGCCAACAUCAGUUGUUUUUACGUCUUUAAAUUUCAUAUUUUAUUCUAAGAGAUUGUCAGUUGGAUACUCUGCAAUGCCAUUAAAAUAUAUAUCAAAUUAUACAUACCAAUUAGGAUCUGGAUCAAAAUAUUCAAAUAAAUACUAGAACCAAUAGCAGGACAGCACUCAGAAAAUCUGGCCUAACCAAAUUAUCACAAAGCAAAAAUAGAAAUAUAUGACCUAUUGGAAAGAAAUCACAAACAAACUGUGACUGACAGAAAACUGAAGAAAACACUAACUAUGUACAGACUCAGUGAGCACAGCCUGGCCAUAGAGACUAGUCAUCACAGGAAAACCUGGCAGCCCAGAGAGGACAGGCUGUGCUCCUUCUGCCCCAAGGAAGAGAUGGAGACAGAUAUGUAUUUUCUGUAAAACUGUGACACAUAUGCUGACAUAAGAAAUCCAUUCUUCCCCAAAAUUAAAAAUCUAUACGAAGAAUUUGAAAACAUAAAUGAUGAAGACAAACUUAAAUACAGUCAUGCCCUGAUCUGUUUAACCUGUAAUUGUGCUUGUCUCCACCCCCUCCAGGUGUCUCCCAUCUUCCCCACUUGUCCUCUGGGUAUUUAUACCUGUGAUUUCUGUCUGUCUGUGCCAGUUCGUCUUGUUUGUUCAAGUCAACCAGCGUUUUGUCUCAGCACCUGUUUUCCCCCAGUUUCUCUUUUUCUCGUCCUCCUAGUUUUUGACCCUUGUCUGUCCUGACCCUGUGCCCGCCCGCCUGACCACUCUGCCUGUCCCUGAGCCUGCCUGCCAUCCUGUACCUUUGCUCCACCUCUGGAUUACUGACCUCUGCCUGACCUGACCCUGCAUGCCGUCCUGUACCUUGACCUCUACUCUGGAUUAUUGACCCCUGUCUGCCUUGACCUGUCGUUUGCCUGCCCCUGUUGUUACAAUAAACAUUGUUACUUCACACAGUCUGCACUUGAGUCUUACCUUGAUUCCUGAUAAAUACAUACUUGGUGAAAAACCUAAAUACUGUGUUAUAAGCAGCCAAAGAGGCAUCUGUUUCUCAAACUAGACCCUCUAAUGUACGUGUCCUCUUGCUCAGUUGUGCACCGGGGCCUCCCACUCCUCUUUCUAUUCUGGUUAGAGCCAGUUUGCACUGUUCUGUGAAGGGAGUAGUGCACAGCACUGUACGUCAUCUUCAGUUUCUUUGCAAUUUCUUGCAUGGAAUAGCCUUCAUUUCUCAGGACAAGAAUAGACUGACGAGUUUCAGAAGAAAGGCCCUUGUUCCUGGCCAUUUUUUGCCUGUAAUCAAACCCACAAACGCUGGUGCUCCAGAUACUAAACUAGCCUAAAGAAGGCCAAUUUUAUUGCUUCUUUAAUCAGAACAUUUUUCAGAUGUUCUAACAUAAUUGCAUAGGGGUUUUCUAAUAAUCUAUUAGCCUUUUAAAAUUAUAAACUUGGAUUAGCUAACACACCGUGUCAUUGGAACACAGGGGUGAUGGUUGCUGAUAAUGGGCCUCUGUACACCUAUGUAGAUAUUCCAUAAAAAAUGUGCCCUUUCCAGCUACAAUAGUCAUUUACAACAUUAACAAUGUCUACACUGUAUUUCUGAUCUCUGCUAAAUGUGUCAUUGCUUGUGAUAAUGCCACUUACCACACACUUAUGUCAACACAGCAAGAGGAGGAAGCCCGGGAAGUAAAGCCAGUGACCUCUGCAUGUUUUUGGAGCUCCGAAUACAUACAGAUCGUACUUUCCUCCAACAAAGGGGUUCCCCGCUGCUGAGGUCUCGCUACUGCCAUGCCAACAACAUUGGACUAGAUUGGAUUAGAGAGACAGCUGACUGUGCGAUGGAGCCUGGACUCACCAGUCCGAUUGUCAUGUAAAUGCCAAUACAGUUGGUGCCCGACAAAAUAGAAUGGAUAAAACAUAGUAAAAGGUUUCCCUGUCAGCAUAAUUACAAACGGAAACAUCAGCUGUAGGAUCUUUUUUUAAUUGUAUUUCUUUUUUGGGGGUCAUUUUAACACUCAGGGGUAGAGCAUGGGAAAUAACCACAGCGUAAGUCCCUUCCCUCUGUCAUAAUGUAUUACUCCGACCAAGGUUUUCUUGGAGAAAUUAACUCUGGAUUUGUUCACUGUUUUCCUUUUCCUUAUGUUCCUGGAGGCAGUUUGUUUGGUUUGGAACUGAUGGUUGACGUUUCAGGAUUCCGGAAGCAGACCCACCAGCGGGACGGAAAAUGUAACCUGUAAUAACAAAGUCAGGGAACCUGGCAUCAGUGCAUUGGCAACAAUGACCACAUUACCCAGAAAUCCUCAUAACAUGAUUGUGCCACACUCUAUCCAGCCAGUAAAAGUGGUAGUUAGAAUUGGUUCAAAUACAUUUUUGAACAGACUUUCUCACAUAGGGUUGAUAUAACUUUGUUGUACUGUAUGGAAAGUAUAUGAAAAAACAACUAAUCCAAAAUAAAUAUGUGCUUAGAGCCCACAUACUUUCUUAGGAAACACACUGAAACUAGAAAAACAGAAAAAGACAGGCAUGCACAGGUCAUGAUAUCAGAGUCAAGCUCUCACAUAUUGUCAUUUCACAUGACCAGAGCAAAAGAAGCCUGGUCUCCAGAUGAUAGAUACCUGGCACUUAAAUAUGUAUUUACGUAUCGGUAUCUGUAAAGGAGUGUGAAGUAUUGAAUGCUCAACGUCGACAAAACAAUGGAGCUGAUCGUGGACUUCAGGAAACAGCAGAGGGAGCACCCCCCCGUCUACUUCGACAGGACCGCAGUGGAGAAGGUGGAAAGCUUCAAGUUCCUCGGCGAAUACAUCACUGACAAACUGAAAUUGUCCACCCACACAGACAGUGUGGUGAAGAAGGCCCUCAGGAGGCUGAAGAACUUUGGCUUGGCACCUAAAACCUUUACAGAUGCACAAUUGAGAGCAUUCUGUCGGGCUGUAUCACCGCCUGGUGCGUCAACUGCGCCGCCCACAACCCACAGGGCUCUCCAGAGGGUAGUGAGGUCUACCCAACGUAUCACCGGGGGCAAAAUACCUGCCCUCCAGGACACCUACAGCACCCAAUGUCACAGGAAGGCCAAAAAGAUAAUCAAGGACAACAACCACCCGAGCCACUGCCAGAUCACUCCGAUAUCACCCAGAAGGCGAGGUCAGUACAGGUGCAUCAAAGCUGGGACCGAGAGACUGAAAAACAGCUUCUAUUUCAAGGCCAUAAGACUGUUAAAUAGCCAUCACUAUCACAUUAUAGGCUGCUGCCCUAUAUAUGUAGACUUGAAAUCACUGGCCACUUUAAUAAUGGAACACUAGUCACUUUAAUAAGGUUUACAUAUUUUGCAUUACUCGUCUCAUAUGUGUAUACUUCUCUCUGUCCUGUUCUACUGUAUCUUUGUCUAUGCCGCUCGGACAUUGCUCGCCCAAAUAUUUAUAUAUUCUUAAUUCCAUUCCUUUACUUUAGAUUUGUGUGUAUUGUUGUGAAAUUGUUAGAUAUUACUUGCUAGAUAUUACUGCACUGUUGUAGCUAGAAACACAAGCAUUUUGCUACACCCACAAUAACAUCUGCUAAACAUGUGCAUGUGACAAAUACAAUUGGAUUUGAUCAAUUUCUUCAUAGAGCCAGUGUCAUUCACGACCUUUUUCGCAUUCUCAUAAUGUUUCCCACUUGGAUUUCAUCACAGAGCCAGACACAAGUGGUUUCUCUGGGUAAUCUGUAAUUAAAGGUACAGUAGAUGUGGGAGAAUAUUUUGAACCAUAAAGUUCCGAUCCCAAUCAUCAGUGACAUAGUAUUAGGUAACAGAAGGAUAAUACAAUGUUGUCACUACUGUAGUUACAAGUUUUAUUCCAAAGUUAAUGCAGUAAAUGAGCAAUUUAAGGUGUUACCUAAUACUAUUGCAACAGAUUACCAGUUACACAUCAACUAAAAAUAAUAUGACCAAAAAUGUGAUCCUGGAGCACACUAAUCGAAUGUUUACAGGUGCCGUGCUCAAUCUUUCAUCGUUAACCAGGGUACGAUAAGACAUUUUAGAAGCAGUGGGAGUCAGCUGCUUCUCCUUCUCAAUUAAAUUCAGUGGUGUGUAGUGGUUAAACUGGUGUUGUACAUCUCAAGUUUGCCCCUCGAUGUCAGAUAAGCGUACACCCCCGACUCCCCCCUCUCUCUCUAAACACCCCCCCCCCCACACACACAGCUGUCCACAUUCUCAAGGAAGCUGUGAAGGCCAAGCGUGCAGCCAGCGAAAUGAGCUGCUAAUCCCAGUACAGGCUCCCAAACAUAUUACAAUACCAAGGCCAUCAGUCCAUCAGCCACUGGGUGUGCACACACACACACACACACACACACACACACACACACACACACACACACACACACACACACACACACACACACACACACACACACACACACACACACACACACACACAUUUAUGUAUCUGUUUGAUUGCCAGUUGAGUGCCAGUUGUGUAUGGUUAUUUGUUUGGCCAUGUGUUUGCCCAAUUCCAAUUGGUACAGCAGAGAAGAUUCCCACUUUACCAAACAAGUGUUUUGGGACUGUUUCCCCACUCACUGGAGCGAGGUCAUUGCGGGCGCUUAUGAAAGUGAAAUUAAUGAGAGCUGAUCUCGAUGGAUGAGAGGUCAUGCCCUGUGUCUUUGGGGGGUGUGGACGCAUAAACUCAUCACCUGGGACACCUCCACCACUAUUGCUAUCGCCAUAUUCACCACCAUGGCUGCUUCCCAAAUAGUACGCUAUUCGUUGUACAGUGCACUUUUCACCAGAACACAUAGAGCUCUGGUCAAAAAUAGUGCACUAUAAGGGGAAUUGGAUGCUAUUUGGGAUACACCCCCAAAUGUACCAUACCAGGCACUGCUACACAGGAAGACACAAAGGCCCACGGAAAAAAAUCCACUCAAGCCAGGUUCACAAACAUCCAUAAAUAACUAAUUUGAAGGCAACUCACUGAAAUCAAGACAAUAACGAAACGGAAAUGUUGAUUAAAUAUAGAUGACCAGUUGAAAAUAUGUACAAUAAUAAGGUUGCUGAUUAGUUUAAUUGCAAAGGUAAGUUUUUGUUUGGAUAUGACUAUCAUGCAUUUUUAACCAGGAGAAAGGAUUCCAGCCCUUUAACAAUCAUUUAAAUAUUAAUCAGUGUCAGAGUUGGCUUUUGGAUGUCAUAAUUGAAUCAAUCUUUGGUGGAAUUGUAAGCAAUAACCACUUUUGGACAACUUACUCUUGUUUUUAUUCAAAGGCUUUCUCCUAUAGAGCUCCAUUUUUAUGGAAUGGUCUGCCUACCCAUGUGAGAGACGCAGACUCGGUCUCAACCUUUAAGUCUUUACUGAAGACUCAUCUCUUCAGUAGGUCAUAUGAUUGAGUGUCGUCUGGCCCAGGAAUGUGAAGGUGAACGGAAAGGCUCUGGAGCAACGGACCUUGCUGUCUCUGCCUGGCCGGUUCCCCUCUCUCCACUGGGAUUCUCUGCCUCUAACCCUAUUACAGGGGCUGAGUCACUGGCUUACUGGUGCUCUUUCAUUUCGCCCCUAGGAGGGGUGCGUCACUUGAGUGGGUUGAGUCACUGAUGUGAUCUUCCGGUCUGGAUUGGCGCCCCCCCUUGGUUUGUGCCGUGGCGGAGAUCUUUGUGGGCUAUACUCGGCCUUGUCUCAGGAUGGACCUGAGCCCUAGAACCAUGCGUCAGGACUACCUGGCAUGAUGACUCCUUGCUGUCCCCACUCCACCUGGCCUUGCUGCUGCUCCAGUUUCAACUGUUCUGCCUGCGGCUAUGGAACCCUGACCUGUUCACCGGACGUGCUACCUGUCCCAGACCUGCUGUUUUCAACUCUCUAGAGACCGCAGGAGCGGUAGAGAUACUCUUAAUGAUCGGCUAUGAAAAGCCAACUGACAUUGACUCCUGAGGUGCUGACUUGCUGCACCCUCGAUAACUACUGUGAUUAUUAUUAUUUGACCAUGCUGCUCAUUUAUGAACAUUUGAACAUCUUGGCCAUGUUCUGUUAUAAUCUCCACCCGGCACAGCCAGAAGAGGACUGGCCACCCCUCAUAGCCUGGUUCCUCUCUAGGUUUCUUCCUAGGUUUUGGCCUUUCUAGGGAGUUUUUCCUAGCCACCGUGCUUUUACACCUGCAUUGCUUACUGUUUGGGGUUUUAGGCUGGGUUUCUGUACAGCACUUUGAGAUAUCAGCUGAUGUACGAAGGGCCAUAUAAAUACAUUUGAUUUGAAUUAAGAAAUACUUAAAAUACUGUCAAGUCAUGGCUGUCGUUAAAUGCUGUUCAGUUGAACUAAUGGGUGAAAUUAAGCUAUCAUGUUCAUGUCAUCAUUUAAAGGAAGGAUAAUGUUGAAAAAGAAAUUCAAGAUCACGUAUUACCUGAUUAUCUUCACCUGUUUUCUAUACGUAUUAUAUUAUGUGCACUGUGGAAAUACCAAAUGGACAUACCAUAUGUACCUUUGAGGAGAGAAAUGUCAACAUCCUAUUCACCAGCAUGUGCAGACAAUAUUGUGAGGCAAGAAUGUGGUCAGAUUGUAAUAAACCUCACAGAGGGUCUC